UGGAGUAGCUGUCACUUGCUCGUGUAACGGUAAAGUUUGUUAUAGUUUAUGGUGUGAAUUACAUCAAGACAAUGGAAGACAAGAUUAAGAAAGAUUUGCACGAGAAAGAAAAUGCAAAUACCCAGUUAAAUCGCCAUGAAAAGAGGGACACACUUAUAGAUCACAUGGAAAUAUCUGUAACGGAGGCAGAGAAGAGAGAGAAUGGAGCACUCAACAUCCGGGACUUCUAUACUGUCUACUUAAUAGAGACCAAAGUAACAGACCCAGACUGGAAUGGUGCAUAUAGUCGCAUAAGCAGUGUCUGGCGGCGUUACUCGGAAUUUGUUCUUCUGAGGACGUACCUCGAACUGGAGUAUCCUUACAUCGUUCUGCCUCCACUACCUGAGAAGAAAGUUCUGUAUCCAUGGCAGAAGGCAGCCUCGGACACCUUUGACCCCGAUUUCGUCGAUAGACGGCGAGCUGGUCUCGAGAACUUCCUGCUGCGGGUGGCGUCGCACCCGGUGCUGUCACAGGACCACCUGUUUGUCGGGUUCCUGCAGCAGGAGCAGGGCUGGAAGGAGAGCAUCAAGGAGACCGGCUACCUGCAGCUGGCCGAGACUAAGCUCAAGGCACUCAGCGUGUCGGUCCGCCUCCGUAACCCGGACAAGAGGUUCGAGGCCGUCAAGAACUACAGCAACGAGCUGCAGAACAACCUGAACAGUCUGCUACGUGUGCGAUCCAGGAUGGCAGAGCGUCUGUAUACGAUCCACAAGUUGCACGCUAACUAUGGCAGGGUGUUCUCAGAGUGGAGUGCCCAGGAGAAGGAGAUGGGUGACGGGCUGCAGAAAGCUGGGCACUACCUGGACUCGUACGCAGCAGGCAUCGACAUCCCCCUGGAGGAGGAGGAGGUGUUUGCUGACCAGCUGAAGGAGUACCUGUUCUUCGCAGACGCACUGCAGGCAGUGUGCGGGCGGCAGGAAACACUGCAGCUGCGGCUGGAGCAGGCGGAGGCGGCGGCUGGUGCUCUGGUUGCAGAGAAGGACAGUGUGCAAAGAGGUAAAUCAAGCAUAAUCUCACGGCUGUUCGGUUCAGUGGACACGGAUGAGGUGAAGGAGCUGAAGGUGAGCCUGCUGGACCAGCGGCUGCAGGAGGGCCAGAGCAGCGUGCGGCACGCGCGUGAGGAGCUCCUGGACUUUUCAGCAAAUGCAUUAAAAGACGUUGAGAGAUUCCAGCAGCAGAAGGUGGCAGACCUUCGGGAGACGCUCGCUGGAUAUGUCAUGCUGCAGAUCAAUGUCUGCCGAAAGGUCUCAAUGCUUUUCCAAAGUUAUCAGAAAAACAUCCACAGCAACUGGUAAAAGGACUUGCAGCAGUGACAUCUGAGUUUACCAAUGUUUCUGUGAAAAGUGUAAUGUGUGCACGUAAGGAAAGACACAAUACAGUUAACCUGCCAACUCCAGGAAAGACAAGAAAAUGUAACGUUAUUACUGUGUCUGACUAUACACAUAUGAAGCUCAGUGUGAAAUAAGUCUGAGGUAAUAUUAAACAAGGAAGAAUCUGCAGUGUAAUGUUUACAUCAGGAUUGUUUUUACGGUCUGUAGACUGUAUCUACUAUGUAUUUACACACGAUAAUGGCAACUAAUAAAAAUUACAGUUGCAACAAUUGGGUGACAAUUAUAAAUGGAAAUGAUAAUUUUCUUAACUAACACCCGAACAACUGUGAAAUUAAUUCUCCACUUUUCAGCUACUGAUGCCAUCUGAGAAUGUUGUUAGUGUUUUAAUUUUCUUAAUUUGAUUUUAGGGCCUUCAGACUUGGACCCACAUUAGGGAUUGUCUGGAAGCGAUCCCAUAAGUAAUUAGCCUUUUUGAAUAUUCAAAAAGGCGUCAUUGCCCUUCAGAAAUAUUCUGCUAUUUCUUGGAGCUUGUCAUUCGUGCUAUGAAAAAAAAAUUGCAUUCCAUUAGUUUAGACAUCUUGUCAUAUGUUCAUUUCACAGAUUUCUGGAUAUUUUGGGAAUGAAUGUACUCCAAAUUAUGUUGCGAAACUUUUAUAUAUAUUAUAUCUGAAAACUACUGCAUUGGAUGGAGAUAGUCUUUGUAGACAAUAAAUUAGCAAAUUGAUGUAUUUUUUUGAUCUGAUUUAUUAAUUUUUCCUGAAAUUUGUGUAAAGGAAACAUUGUUUGUACUGACUAGAUGAUGUCUAAGAACUUGUAUAUUUGUCAUUUAAAUACUGAUAAAAGACAAUCUUCACUGAAUUGUAAGUAAUUUAUAGGAUAGUGAUUGUGUAAAACUAUUAAGGAUCACUUAUUCCUGUGUGCUAAAAGCAAACUUGAAAUGUAGUAGUGUUUGGAAAACUAUUUGUUGCUUUGACUGUAAUAUUAACUUGUAUUUAUUGUAAUUAUUUUGGUAUGUAGCCUUUUGGUUACAUACAUUAUUUAUUAAAUCACAUUUAUGUGAUACCGAUGUACUGAUCCUGAUGAGUCUCUGUAGGUUUUUUAAAGAAACAGUGGAAUUAAUAAUGAAAUUCUUUGUGUAAAGUCUUGUGGAAAAUUCCUUGCUAUGUUUAUUUCCUUUGUGUAAAGUGUAACAAAGGAAACUCUGACAUGUCUUGAGAUUAACUUUGUCUUUGAUUUGAGAUGAAUUGGAAUAGUUUUAAGUGGUAUCUCUAUCUAUCUAUCUAUCUAUCUUCCCCCCCCCCCCCCCUCCCAAUCUACCCAACCAUAAUAUAUUUCUGGCCUGUUUGUUCACCUUUUUGGCCAGCUCAGAAUGCUUUACACUGUAAUAGGCAAAAGUCUAAAGACUGCUGGCAAGCAGUGUAUGGGUUUCUAUUUGCAGAAACUUCAGAAAAUAAAUAUUUGAAUGAUGAAUCGCUAGUUCUGAAUUUUCUGUUUCAAAAUAUUGUGUGAACUUUUUUGAAGUUGUAGAUCAUGUGCAAUUUUUAAGGGUUGUUACUUCUACACCGCAAUUCUGAAAUAUGUUUUUACUCUGGAUUGAGGUAAAACCCAAUGGCCACUUCUUAGUUCAGAUUUCCAGCACCAGUAACAUAUUCCCUCCCACCUCCCCUUCCUCCCUGUUCUUUCUCCACUUCACCUCAGCAGUUCAUUUGUACAGUGGAAGUAAUUCACUCUGCUCUCUGCAGAACUCUGACAGGGCUAGAAAUAUGUAAACAAAUGGUAUACAUUACACUUAGUCAGUAGUGGUACUUUGUGGCAGGGUAAGAGAUUCUAUAUGGAGAUUGUAGAAGUGUAAAUUAGGAGACAAGGUACUGGCAGAAGUAAAGCUGUGAGGACGGGGCGUGAGUCAUGCUUGGGUAGCUCAGUUGGUAGAACACUUGCCCGCGAAAGGCAAAGGUCCCAAUUUCGAGUCUCGGGCCGGCACACAGUUUCAAUUUGCCAGGAAGUUUAAAGUGUAAAGUAGUUGGUGCUGGUUUCAUACUCGCUGUUUAUGCGAAUUCAGUGCAGCUCAGUUAUUGUACUCUGCACUUUCUUUUAAAUGCUAGUUAUCUAACUUUAAAGAGAAUAGUUAUAUGAUAUGAAGUGGACUUGGAAAGGACAAUGUUUAGAAAAUAAACAGGUGUGCAAUAAUUCAUUGGGACCUUCCUGUAGAUCAUACAAUGUUUUGGUAUGCUAUUUACAUUUUGAUGAGGUGCUUUAGCAGGAAUAGUGCCAACCUUAGGAGAUAGCUUACCUUCUUCUGUUGACGGGCUUGAGAUCAUAAGUUAUGCUACAUUUUGUGUUACCCCAUAUUGCGUGUAUGAGUUUUACUCUACAUUACUACUUUAUGUGAUUUACAUAUGCGUUGGGUGAGUCACGCAUAUUUCCUAAAGUCUGAGCUUUAAAAAAAUGUCUCAUUUAAGUGUGGAUGAUCUAGUUGCGUAAUGACUGGUGUAAAACUGCUGUAUCUUAGAAGUAAGUGUGUGUGUGUGUGUGUGUGUGUGUGUGUGUGUGUGUGUGUGUGUGUGUGUGUGUGUGAAAAUAUAUAGUUGUACAUAUAAUUUACUGCUUUUCAGAACUUUCUGUAACUGUUAUUCUCCAGUUUGAUUGUAAGUGUAAAUAGACAUCGAAUAGUGUAAUUUCUUGGAGGAGUUUUUGUUUUCUCUCUUUAUUAGUUAAAUGUUUAGUUUAAAUAUCAUCCUUUUUAGAGGGUUGUUGACACAUUUUCAUUUAUCAUUAUUAGUGUAGUGUUUUCGAUGUUAUGAGAGACACUCAAAAUUGUGAAAUUUUUGUUGUCCAUUUAUUAUGAAAAAGUUAAGGAAGAGUAAACAUUAAAUCAUUGUAGUAUGUCGUUCAAAGCUGUAUGUCUGGUUCUUCUUUAAGAUACGAUACAGUGAGAUCAGGUUAUAUUUAGAAUUACAUUAAUACCUUCAGCUGUUGGACAUGUCCGAAAGAACACACACACCAUAUCCCUAUAAGAUUAUAUUUAAUUGAAAUAUGAGUUUUUUUUCUUUAUCAGUCACACCAAGCAUUAUUGCAAAGAAAGGGGAGGGGGGGCUGAGAGUUUGCAAUUUCCACUUGUUAAAGCCUUAGUUAUGGACCAAGGAUGUCACACAAAAGACAUGUGAGGCAUUGAAAUUUGCAACUUUGUAAUCAUUUCCUGUAACUGUAGCAACAGUGAAUGCAACAGUCACAGCACUCACUGCUCUGAAAAUCAUUACCAUCUGAUAGUUGGAACAACACGAGCACCCCUAAUGGUGAGAAAGCAAAUGUAAGAUUACUAUUUGUUUUUAAUUAUUUUUCUACUCAAUUAAUGAAAUAAUUGUUAUAUUUUUUCACUCCAAGCAUUCGUAAAUUCAGAGAUGUGAAUGAUUUUGAAAUAAAUGUAUAAACAUCUGGAUCUCACUGAUUAACUGCCAUAAGCUAAAACUUACUCAUGAAGGAAUACUUCUGAAUAUGUAUACCAUUGAAGCUUAUACCAUUGACAUCAAGAGAAUAACAACAUACAUUUCAUCCAUGAGAGGCAUAUUAUUUUGUUGUAGGUUCUUGUUAUGAUAGGCACUUCCCUUGACAAGUAACAGUUUUCAAUGUAGUCUAAUGAUUUGCACUUGCUUACAUUUAACUGAACUUACCAGAGCACAAAUAUUUGUAAAUGUAACUACUUUUGUCUCAAAAGUGAAUUAGUUUAAGAUUCUGGCUAAUUGUGACUCAGAUGUAGCAAUGGUAGUGGAAUUGGUUUCCUCUGUGUUAGGAAAGGGUUUGAUUGUUUGUAACAUUUUAUCCUCACAUAUCUGUAGUUUUCCUUUUAACUGUAGUUGUGGUUGUUUAUAUGGUAUGUUAAAUAAUGUAGGUAUUGCAUUCCAUAAGUUUCCUGCACAUUCACUAAUUUGACUGGAUGUGCAGUGAACAAAAGUUCGUGUUGAGUAUGUAUAUCAUGCCCUCCAUCGAAAGGUCAGAUCUUUUGUUUACUAGUCUUUUUUGUUUUUAAAAGGAAGACAUUCUUCAAGGUUAAAAGAGAGUUAUAAAUAAACACACUGUUUCAUACUUUCCAAGGUCCUGAGGAAACUCAAGAGAGAUAAAUGUGGUGUCAUAUUUAGUUAUUGUCAAUAUUUAUGGCACUACAUAACAUAGUUUUUACAAUGUUACAAAUCAUUAUAAAUGAUACUAUUUGCAUUCAUCCGUUAUUGUAUUCAUAAAGUGUAGCUUGCUGGACACUUAGUGAUGCUGUCACACAGUUGAACAAAAAUUAGUAGAAGUGCCGUGACUGUGUGUGCUAGACUGUGCUGUAGCUAUAGAAAACAUUCCUUUUUUUUAGAUUUCUGUCUUGUGUCCUUUGACAUCUUAUCCCACCAAACCUAUAACCACCUUCCUUUCACUGACAACGUUAAAGGUGGUGCAGAGGUUAAGGCAGAACCAUUGGGCAGUGAUAUAACAAUCCAAAUUUAGGUUUUUCUUGGUUUCUUAAAUACAGAUGAAUUACGCGGUGUUUUCUUUCAAAAGUACAGUCAGUUUCUUUCCCCAUGUUGUUUGAGAUCAUGCUUAGUUUCUAGUGACCUCUUUGUCAGUGGGCUUUUAAACCACUCUUACUAUUUUUUAAACUGCAUCAAAAGGAAAUUUUGCUCAAGAAAACUAUAAAAUCGAGACAAAGUAAUAGCCAAUACUUAGCUUUGCGAAGCAGUCUCAGCACUGCAUAUGGACACACACCAAAGUGCAUGAAACUCUCCUGGCUUUUAGUGCUAUUUGGAAACAGGCAAGGGUUGGGACCUCUUUCCUCCCUGAGGUAGUAACAGGUUUUGAGAGCUAUGAUACUUUCUUGUACUUUUGUGCACAUCUACUGACAGUAGCAAACAAUUACUGUUUAUUUUGAUGUGCAUAGUCAUUAAUUUGAUUUACCUCACUUCUUCCUGGUAAUUUCUCUCUCUCUCUCUCUCUCUCUCUCCCUCUCUCUCUCUCCCUCUCUCCCUCCCUCCCUCCCUCCCUCCCCCUCCCCUCUCCCCCUUUCAAAUCCUCCACUGUCACCCCUCACCUCAGUAAAGGGUCUUAGUUUUUGGGGAUUAUGUUUCACAGCUUCUAUAAAUUGUAGAAAUGACAUAUUGUAAAGUAGCUACUGUGGAUGUCAUGGAUGCAGAAAAACACACAGGUGUAAAGGAUAAUAAAAAAUUGUAGCAAAAUACAAGCAAUACUUAAUUUUUUUGCCAGUAAAACAGAUUUGCAUGUAUAUAUCAUAAGACAAUUAUGUAAUUAUCCAAAGAGUAAACUGGCACAAAAAUAUGUACAUGAUAUAAACAACAUUGUAACGCAUAUAGUAGACAAAAUUGAAAAUAGUGUUACUAUUCUACAUAAAGAAUAAACAGAUAGGUACAGGAAUCUCAGGGAAGAGAUGGGAAUUUUUCUACAUUGUGCUGAAAAUAUAAAUUUCAUUUUGAAUGAGUAACUAGAAUUUGAAAGCAGUAUAUUUGAAAAUUUUCGUGUAUUUUAGUACAAAGAUAAUGCUAAUCAUGAUAGCAAUUCUUUGCCAUUUUAUUUUGUCUAAUCCUUGGAUUGCCAUUCCAUGAAUUUACCUCUGCAUGAGUAAAUAUUAUUUACGAACAUUAUAUUUUUAAAACUGCAUCUUGCAAAAUGCACAGGUAACUUUUGCUGUUGCCAAUUUUUAAGGCUUGUUUGUAUUUUGCUCAAUUUUUUGAACAUUGUGUUCACUUGAUGAUUUUCUUGUAUCCAUGGUGUGUGUAUAGCAGGUACCAAAAUUGGCUAUGCAGUAAAGACUAAGCUGUUCAGCAAUUUAACAUCUUACGUGUACAGCAUCUCAUUUCUGCAAGUCUCCAUUGUUGCUCGUCGCUGUCAUAUUACCAACACCUCGGGUCAGUGGUAAGGCUCUGUUUCAUUUAGAGUAAGGUUAUUCUGAUUGUGAGAAGAGUAAUGUAAUUGUUUAUUAUAAACAAGUGCAGUGAAACACAUACAGUUGAUAAAUUAUUUCAUUUGCCAUUUAUUUAUGUUUUAUGAGAAAUUAGAAAGUAUUGGAAGAUAAGAGAAAGGAUACAAGUAGAUGCGCAUUGUAGAACACUGAAUCCAAAAAAUUCUCAAGAUAGAGCAUGGGAAUAGAAACUGAAAGUAUGUUGUUUCUAAUGUACAACUGUAACCUCGUAAGUACAACUGAUUUAGUUUUAUAUAUCGCUCCCAAUAUGUUUUAAAUGGUUGAAGAUAUCUAAACGAGAUUGUUGAGAAGUGGUUCUGCAUUAAAGGGUUACUAUUUGUCACACAGUUGGCAAUGUCAUAUUUUUAUUUAUUGAUGAGCUGAAGUAAUUCUUUUAAAAUGGAAUGUCAGCUUUUAUUUGUAAUAUUAAGCAAAACAAAAGUGAAGCUCUGUAUUUUACAUGAUGGGCCAAUUGGGAUUUGACUGAUUGUCAUGUUGUCCACUGGCAAUGGCGUCAUGGAACAUGAUACGGAGGAACGUGGGGUCGGCACACCACUCUCCGAGCCACUGUUGGCUCAGUCUCUGAGCUGCUACUACUCAAGUAGUUUCUCAGCUGGCAUCACAAGGCUGAGUUAAUCCUGUUCCAAUCCUCCCACCUGGGGAAUAUACACGGGAGCACCAGGAAUCGAACCCGGGCACUCUGCAUAGAAGCCACGCACACUGACUGCUGAGCUUCAUAGGCAGAUUUUAAUAUUGUAAAGUUUACUCCUAUAGAUAAUAUUGAUCUGGUGUUUGUUCGGCUAGCAUUUACUUUGUGCAAAAGGCAUUGGAGGCCUGGACAAUGUGAAACAGUUACUCCUGCUUUUCUACACGAAGAUCAGACAUAAGAACAGAACAUGCAAUGUUAAAACCUUUGGCCUAUACAUUUUUUUUUUAAUUUGCAGAAAGUUUCACUACAGGCUGUGUAUCACUACUGUCUUCUUCUUGAGGACUCCUAAGACUACUAUUGAGAAUUAUAUAUGAUUUCCUUUAAAAAAAACUUCAGUUUCAAUGUACAUGUGAACCAUUCAUCAAAAUAUGUAUGUCUUUUUUAGACAUUGGAUUUCAUGAAAACCGAUUUGUAAAACACUGAAAUGAGCAAGAAAUAUUGGAGCAUUUGUGUUUCUAAGUGUGUGUUUCUGCCUCACAUUCGUUUGUUCUGAAACAUGGACAAUAUUUGGCCCCAAAACUCAUCUUUCGCCCACGAGGUGGUGUUUGUUUGUGCACUACGUUUGUAACAUUCAUCAUUAUUCACAUGGAAACUUAAUAGAUUUUAUUGUUAAUAAUAAGUAGUGAAAAUAUUUGCUAUUAUGCUGAAAACAAUUUUCUUGAAAGAGUACUUCUGUUUGUAGUAAGGAAACUGGCAAAAGCUAAGACACUAUUCAUGUGUUUCAUAUCUUGCCAGUUUCUUUACAACACACAAUUACUCCUUUAAGAAAUAUGUAGUUUGAAGCAGCUGUUCUUUAUUAUUGUAUGAAAUACAUAGUUGGUUUUCUCAUAAAUUCACAGGUAUUUCAUUUUGUUACAUAUUUAUUUGAAAUGCUGCACUAAAUUUUGUCAAUUCCGUAUAAGUGUUCAUUGGAGGUCGCUUUAUGAAAUAGUUUGUACGUGUUUCUGUAAAUUGUAAAGCCUUUGAAAUUUGUAACACUGGCAUUAUGUGCUUAUUUUCUUGCAGCUUUGGUGAAGUCCAAACUGUUGUUGUAAGACAUUUGCAUAUGUUAAGCACUUUUAUCUCAUUGUGAUGGUGUAAAUGUAUUUCAUUGAACUUUGAAGAAAUAUUUGUGUGAGCCAUGUAAACAAAAAAUGCUAUUGUGGUGCUGCUUUUAAUAAAGCACUUUGGGAUGUCGAGAAUCUGCUCUCGAGUACUGGAAUUUACUUUCCCAGAUUUUUCCUGCGAAAAUCAUUUUUGCGCAUUUCUAUAUGCUGGAGAACAUUGCGAUUCCCAGCUGGAUAGCAGAACGUGGCUACAGUGUCUGCCGCAACAGUUCGCAACAGUUGCUGUGUUGUGGAGAUUGGGAUCCUUGUGUCUGCCCAUGUACACUGUUUCACAUUCAAUAGUUUUAUAUUGUUUACUUUGUCAGUAUUGUCUAUACUGGUACCUGAAUUGUAGAUUAGUUUGAACUUUGUUAUAAAAACCUGUUAUACAUGCUAUGUUAAUGGUAUUGUUUUGAGCUGAAAAAAUAAAAGCUGGCUUUUUGCUCUUUAGCUA